UGUUGCAUUACAAAUACAGAGAGAUAGAGAACCAGACGAGUUUUCUUUUUCUACUCGUUUUGAAAGUAGGAAAAUAGGUCUUCAUCAAGAGAAAAAAAAUGAAGCCCGUGCUGUUUGUGGUUUUCCAUAUAAUCCUGUUACCAAAUCAGUCUCUUGGCUGGAAUUUGACGGAGUACAACAACGUUUACAAUGCCGUCUUGUCCGGAUACAACAAGGAUGCAAGACCAAUCAUGGACCAGACCAAAACCAUAAAUGCCACGUUAGACUUUUAUCUGAGAACAAUCGCCAACCUUGACGAAGUUUCCAGCGAGUUGGUGACCGUUGGUCUCUUCACAAUCAUAUGGAGAGACGAAGUAAUCACCUGGAACCCAUGGUCAUACGGCGGCACGGUAUCGGUAAACAUCGACGAAUCUCUGGUGUGGAAACCAUCUAUGACACUCCUUAAUCCAAUGUUUACUAAUGUUGGUCUGCUUGGCUUCAAGCAGUCUAAAAUACAAUAUUUCUACGAUGGACUCGCUUACUGGAACAUAGCUGAUCGGUAUCAAACAACAUGUGACUUUGAUACAACAUAUUUCCCUUUUGACAAACAAACCUGUGAAAUAAAAAUCAUGGCUUGGGACUACACUACCCAGGUAGUCAUGAUGUAUCCGUUAGUCUCAGUUGUCAAUUUGACAUAUUUCACUGAAAACGGAGCCUGGGAGUUGCUGUCAACAGAGACCAGAUCUGAAACUCUGUCCUACUACUCCGUCGUAGUAUUCAGUCUAAACUUGAAGAGGCGGGCUUUGUUUUUCGUUACCAAUCUUCUGAUCCCCGUGUUCACAAUGUUGAUUUUGAACACAUUAGUUUUCAUUUUGCCACCAAACAGCGGCGAACGUGUGGGCUACUCCAUCACGUGUCUCCUUGCUUUGGCGGUUUUUCUUACUCUUGUAUCAGAAGGUCUUCCGCAAGUUUCUAAACCUAUGCCAGUGAUUGGAUAUGUGUUGACAGUUUAUUUAGUUAUCUCUGCGUUAAUUUGUGUCGAGACAAUAUAUAUUUUGCGCCUUCAUUUCCGAGAAGAAAAUGAAAAAAUUGCAUCAUUUUAUGUUAAAAUCUACAGAUUAUUUACUUGUUCUUUCCGUACUUCCGGCAACAAACGGACUGGAACUGUGAGAAACUUUUCAUCAAACGUCGACUUAGAAGACAUCAAAGACCCAGAAAAAUCGGAGGCUGCACCCUUGACAUGGAAGAUUCUGGCAUGCUGUUUAGACCGAAUUUGCUUUCUAAGCAACCUGUCUAUUGUUGUCUUAGUGGCUAUUGUGUUUUUCGUGAUCGUCAAUGUGAUGUCUUAAUUAGGCUAAAAAAUUUGGACACGUACUUUUCUUUUAAAUUUCUACACGUUUAUAAUAAUCAUUAAAUCUUGAGUUGGACCUUAUUUUUUAAUUUGCUCACUUCAAUAUCCAAACAUCAGAGAGAAAGAGAAAUUUACUUUGGAAUACUUAUUCAUUUAACCGGUCUAAUUUCUAAGUAUAUAAGAAAUAAAGGCAAGAUAAGCAAAAGCUAAUACAAGAUUUGCGAGAUCCUCGUCGUCUCAUGUUUUUUCCCCGCUUCAAUCCAGUUCUGGUCGUAUUUUUUUUCUGAACAGUUUUGCGUGAUACAUGUGUAAGUUACAACUUAUUUCUUUAUCAGAUAUUUUGAACUUUUUAAAUCCCUUUUCUCAUUAUGGAUGUUGAAAACAAUAAACAACUG